AUGGCUGGUGGCUCAGGAAACUUUGUGCAAGUCGUGGCUAAGAAUUUGGACAUUCUCGCUUUACCUCUGGUCACCCUCCUUUAUCCACUGUAUGCUUCGAUUAGGGCCAUAGAGACCAAAUCUCGCAGCGAUGACCAACAAUGGCUCACAUACUGGGUCCUUUAUUCUAUGAUCACACUCUUCGAGCUCACCUUUGCCAAGAUCCUCGAAAGCAUUCCCGUGUGGGCAUAUGCAAAGUUAAUAGUGAGCUGUUGGUUGGUGUUACCGCACUUCAACGGAGCAGCGCACGUCUACAAGAACUUCAUCCGCCCAUUUUACAUGAAUCCUCAGCUGGCGGCUCUUGUCAACAACACGAUUUGGUAUGUCCCAAGAAAGAAGAACAUAUUUAGUCAGCCAGAUGAUGUCUUAACUGCUGCCGAGAGAUACAUUGAAGAGCAUGGGACUGAGGCAUUUGAGAGGAUGAUCGUCAACAAGGUCUCUUUCUUCUUUGGUUUGCCUUUUAUUAACACAGCUGCUUCCUAG